GCGUCGUCGACUUCCUUGUCAGCCAGCACCCAGUGGCGCGAGUCCUGCGUGAUCAUGUGGUCUUCAAGAUCGUGCCCAUGCUCAACCCUGAUGGUGUCUACCUGGGAAACUACCGGUGCUCCUUGAUGGGGUUCGAUCUGAACCGGCACUGGCAGGAGCCCUCCCCAUGGGCACACCCCACCCUGCAUGCAGUGAAGCAGCUUAUUGUCCGCAUGAACCAGGAGCCUAAGGUGGGCCUGGAAUUCUACAUCGACGUACACGCCCACUCCACCAUGAUGAACGGCUUCAUGUACGGCAACGUGUUCGAGGACGAGGAGCGUGUCCAGCGGCAGGCCGUCUUCCCACGCCUGCUCUGCCAAAACGCACCCGACUUCUCCCUGUCCAGCACGUCCUUCAACCGUGACGUGGUCAAGGCCGGCACGGGCCGCCGCUUCCUGGGGGGACUUCUGGACGACAUGUCCUACUGCUACACGCUGGAGGUCUCCUUCUACAGCUACUUGGCUGCAGGCAGUGCGGGGCCCGUCCCCUACACAGAGGACUCCUACAUGAAGCUGGGCAGAAACGUGGCCCGGACAUUUCUGGAUUUCUACAAGCUUAACCAUUUAAUCGAUGGGACAAAAGCAGUGGGUCACAUGAGCAGUGGCUCAGAUGGCCUAUCCGGCAGUCGCCAAGGGAACGGCUAUGGCAACGGUAGGAGCCAGGAGGAAGAGAAGCCUGACAGGAAGGUCCAUAGUGUGAGAGACACCUAAGCUUCAGUCAGCAUGUGUCCUGGCCCACACUGGCAUCCCUUGCCGCCGACAGCGAGUCUGGAGCAGUGGCCUGUGUGCUAUUACCUUCCGGUCUGGUAUCCUGUGCCAUUUCCCUCCUGGGCUGACAAACCCACACACAUCGCUUGGGGGCCCUUCUCGCCUCCAUGCUGCCGGUCUGCAUGACCAGACUGGCCUGAGAGAAGGGUUUAAAAACAUCCUUUAUGGUCCCAAACACUUUCUACUUCUGUGUUUUUACUAUGUGUUUUGCCACAAUAGUUUUUUUUUUUGCACACAAGAUUUCUGUUAAGCUUUUGUUAAACUAGUUAAAGCGUGAGUUCUGUUUUUCCUUGUGGUGGGUUAUUUAUUAAAUUAUCAGCCUGCAAUAUAUAAGUAUAAUGAGUUUUAGGAAAACUCAAUGGUCCUGAGAACCAUCCAGUUCCUUUCAGAAGACACUUUCAGUGAACCUGAAAUUAAACGUGAUGUUUGUAAACAUUUGAAAACCACAUGUAUGUUUCUCACCAAAGUUUUGCUUUCCUUUUUUUUUAAAGAUGUUUUUUGAUGAGUUAUAGUAGGAUGCUAUUUCUUUACCCAUAAUUCAUCAUGGGGCAGGACAAAUCUGCAGGAUUAAGUCUGAUGUUUCCAUGUGCCUCUCCGUCCACCGGGACACGGCACAGUCACAUCAGACAGGAAGUGCUGUCACAAGGGGCCGGGUGGCCGAGAGGCCCAAUAAGACCAUCCCGUGUGUAGAGUAUCGUGGAUUCUUCAGGGUAGUCACGUGGCACAAAUAAGGGAUUUGGGAGGAGCCACAAACAAGUCAUGAAAGGACGGAGGACGAUGAUAGAAUGUGACUGCGAGUCCCCGUGGAUGCUGGUGACAGGCACGUGUGAGAGCAGCUAACCCGGCAGGGGCGUGUCACACUUUAAUCACUGUUAUAAAGUCAGACGUUCCCUUCAUGGCGCCCUGUUUUCCGACGAGAUGUCAGGCUGGGAAAUGAAGCGUCUGGCAGCUUUCGGAGACAUCCCGGAAAUCAGUCAGUCUUCCUCCCCUCCGUCCGGCCGUAUCGAACGUGCUGCUUUGUGCUUAAUGAUGCCCAACAAGAGAUGGGCUUUUUUUCUGAGCCAUUCCGUUAACGCUGAUAUAAAUCAUCCCCCCCCCCCCCCUCCCCCCGGUCCAUGAGCCAUCUUUUCAGCAUGCCGUGCUUGCUGUAUGCCAGCAUGCUAAUUACAGGGUAAACACGCUGGUUCCUGGCUCCUCAAAGUGAAAAUGUGACUCUGUUAUUCACAGUAUAAUGAGCAGGAGCACUGUUUGCAUUUAUUAAAUACCCAAACUCACCAAGGAAACUGGUUGCGCUAGGAGUCUUCACAAAUGGAAGUACACACAAGCAUUAUCGGAAAGUUAAUUGUGCUUCAGGAGGUAAGCACGCUUUGUGCAGAUUAAUUCAUGAUGCAGUUAAUGUUAUAUAGCGAUAGCAUAAGGUAAUGGUGUGAACUGAAGGCUUCCUGUCAGAACACAGCAGAGGACAGGAAAAGAGAGAUUGAUUUUAUACAGAAUAAUAUUACAGUAAUGUGCCAUUAGAUGAUUAUUUUUUUAGGCUGAUCUAUGCUCCUAGCCAGUCUAGUUUUUUC